AUGGCGAUGGGUUACGAGAGGGAACGGGUAAUACGCGCACUCCGCGCGGCAUUUUUUAACGGAGAUCGAGCCGUGGAAUAUCUCUGCACAAGUAUACCGGAUGAGGAGGAGAUGGCUGGCGUUGUCGAGGGUGAGGAAGAGGCUGAGGUGGGCGCUGGCGGUGGUCACGACGUGCCGUCGGAUGUGGCCGGUGGCCUCGAGUUCUUGAGGCAACUACCGCAAUUCGAACAGCUCCGUGAACUGGUGCAGUCGAAUCCGGCGAUCCUCCCGCAGAUCAUACAGCAAAUCGCUCAGUCGAAUCCGGCCUUGAUGGAAGCGAUACAGAAUAAUCAGGAGCAAUUUGUAAGCUUGCUGAACGCGCCCAAUCCGGAAGGAGGUGCCACGACGGCGGGUGGUGGCGCGACGGUGCAUGGACGAGCGGUGGGCGGAGCGGCAGGAGGUGCGCGCGCAGGCGGUCCGCGUACGGUCUCGAUUCAGAUAACUGAGGCAGAGCGGGACGCGAUCAAUCGAUUGAAAUCAAUGGGUUUCCCUGAACAACUGGUAAUAGAGGCGUAUUUCGCGUGCGAUAAGAACGAAGAUUUGGCAGUGAAUUAUAUAUUGGCGCAUAUGGACGAGGUCGCGGCGGAAUUCGACGCGUUAGAGCAACAAGGCCAAGGCGGUUCAUCGUGA